AUGAAGAAGUCCCGGCAGCCCGGCGGGGUUCUCCCGUUGCAUGCGGCUCCCGGGGGUCUGACGCCCGACCGCUCAAGAUCCACCCGCGGCCGACUGGCGCGCCUCCUGCUCUUGGCGGUCAUGGUCUUGAUACUCUGGGCCAACCUGCCGGCCAUUUCGCUGCCUCCAAUGAACCUUCGAUCCAGACUCGGUGGGCAAGAGCCCGGCGCACAAUCUGGUGGCACUCACAGUGGCGCCCACCAUUUGACAGUCUUCACCUUGCUGAAGGGCAACAGCCUCCUUGCCAUGGGGCCCGACACCCGACUUCUGAUAUACGGGAGCCGACGCUCGUGCGACACCCUGAUGGCUGAUGUGCUGCUCCCGGCCCUGACCCCGGCCCGGGACUACACCGUGGAGGAUGCUCCGGCUCGGUGGCGCCGCGCCCCUCGUCAGACGCCUCCGGCCUAUUGGUGGCGGCUGACCCGCCGGGACGGAUAUUCCCCGCGGGACGAAUGGGAUGAGGACCUCGCGCAGGGGCACACGGAUUCGACGGCCGGCCCUGGCCCGCGCUCACUUCGAUCCUUGAAGGGCAUGGCCCCGGUCGAGGAGGCGGGUGCCGCCGCCGCCGCCGCCGCCGCGAGCCCCCUGACCAUUGGCUUGGUCGAGUGCCGGCCCAUCCCGUGUGAGGGGCAUCUGGCGGCGCCGCGUUUGGAUUGUCUGUUCGCCGAUGCCUCGGCCGCGGCCACCAGCCCCGGUGGCCAACCCACGGCGCUUUACCUGUUCGCCAAUGGAGACAUCGGCUUCACACAAUCCGGCCGUGCGGUCGGGCGCAUUGCCCGGUGGGUGGCUCGGCGCCUGCCCGGGCGCGCGUUCUUCGGGGUGGGGCAGCGCGUGAACUUGGACCUGCCCCACUUGUUGGAUGGCAUGCCAUCUGCCGGGCCAGGCCGCGACCGGGACACCUGCUCAGCCGGCAGCCCGGGCGAGCUUCUGCACCCGGCGCAGUGCGCCCUGCGGGGACUGGUUGCCAGCAGCCGGGCGGCCCUGCAUGGCGACUCGGCCAUCGACUACUUCUUGGCAUCGCAUCCGGUGAUGGAAAAGAUCGCCCAAGUUAUGCCACCCUUCGUGGCCGGGCGCGUUCGAUGGGACACCUGGCUACUGGCCUGGGCCGGGCGCCUGGCUGUCCGGGCGUCCGGGCCGGACGCCGAGCCGGUCCCAGUGGUCACUGUCGACCUGACGGCCGCCCUGAAUGCGGUGCACUUCUCGCACGGGGUGCGCGGGGAAUCGACCCGGCGCGAGGGGAAUGACUUCAACCUGGCCCUGGCCCUGGGCCCGCCGAUGGAGGACGGGCUGUUGCGGGCGGGCCCGGCCACGGCGGUCGCCGCCCUGGGCCUCACAUCGAGGACUACCUUCGUUGUGCAGCCACUGGCGUGGACCCUCCCCCAGGGCCGGGGGAUGUGGCGGCCCCCGAUGGUGGGACUGCUCCCGCCUGGUCGGGUGCGCGCGGCCGCCCCCUCCACCGAGGAUGGGGUGUCGCUGGUCGGACGGCACACCCUCUCCGCCGGGCAGCCACAAAUCCGCGGCACCACCAUGUGCACGCUGUCCGGCGGGGGCUUCGGUCCGGAGUGCACCCUGGCAGAGCGGAAUUCCCGGCACUUUGAUGGCAGCAUCUUUCUGGCCGGCCAUCGGGGGUUUGUGGUUGUCGCGUACCCGGCUGUGCCGGAACCGGCCGAAGCGGCCAAGUCCGCGGUGUAUCUAGCCGCCGGGGCUCCCCCGGCCGAGCAGGCCCGCCUGGCAGGCCGGCGCAUGGGCGUGCCCGAGGUGCUGUUGGCCGAUUUGCCGGGAAACGGCUGGCCCCUGGUAGGCAUGGCCGCUGACCCGCACGGCACAGAGCAGUCCCCGAUGUGGCUACUGCUGGCCCCUCCGCGGGGCUCUGCCGGCUUGUACAUUGACCCGCUGGCUCGUGUGUCCUUCGGCGUGGCGGAGCCCUUCCUCCGGGGACUGGACACUGGCGAAGUGAAGUCUGCUGAUGCUGCUGCCCAGGCUUGUGUCUCACGCGACGUCCUUCACGCAACCCCCGAGGCAGAUGAUGACCGGGUGGCCAGACUCCUGCGAGCGGCGGUCCAGCUGGCCACAUUGGACACGGUCAUGCGGGCGCUCAACCGCGAGCACAGCGUUCUGGUCGUGCCUCAGAACGCCCUGGCCACGCGGCUGCUUACGGGUGGUGUCUUCCCCGGGCUGGACCCGGAGGCCGAUGCCACGGUGGCCCUGGAUCACACCGGCACACUGGACGCCUGGGUGUAUGCCAUCCGGUCAGGGCACACCGGGCGAUCAAUCCUGCGGGCUCUGGAGAAGGAGCUCCGCACGCGCUUCACGCAGGAGUACCACCAGAUGCUAUUCGACUUGUCGGCCGCGGCGGAGGGGCCGGGGCCGGGGCCUGGGCGCUCCGCCUCAAGCCCCCCCGGCGGCGAUCUCCUGACUGGCGCCUGGAAUAAGCUCAUCGGCAAUGGGAAGUUCCGCAUUGGCGGCAUGACCGGAGUUCUGCGUCUGCCAAGCGCCGGGAGCGAGCGCGCUGCACGGCGCCCGGCGCGCCCGGCGGCCGAUAUGUUUUUGACAUGGUCGUCCUCUCUCCGGGACAUGGCGGGGAUGCCGGCAAGCCAACAUGCUGACUGGAUGGACCAGAAUUUGACGGCAUGCAUGGCCCGGAGGGAAAGGGAGCAGCUGGACGCGAGCGCCUCGCCCGUGGCGCCGCUCAUCCCCUUGACCCUGGAGAUGACCCUCUUUCUGGAGCCGCUGGGUGACGAGGUGACCGGGGCCUUGCGGGGCCGGGGCCUGUUGAAGGCCGAGCGCGAUCGAUGGCGGGCGCACCUGGCCGCCGGGGUGGUGGCCGCACCGGGCACCGGGCAGGGGCUGGCUCUGGCCAUGUAUGAUGCCCUGGGGGUGCUGCUCAAUGCCCUUCGUCGAACGCACGACCUUCUGGAGGCUGACGGGCCCGACGGGCUGGCGGCCGGCGACAUGACUGAUGUGUGCCUCGGCGGCGAGGCCCGGCUGGAGCUGCUGGCAGCCGGCUCCCGCGAGCCGGGCCUCAUCGUGCGCAUCACGCCGCAACUGCGGGAGGUGCGUGAGCGUGGGGCCGGUGCGUCUGCGAUCGGCCCGCUGGCCAUGGAGGCCGCGGCCGGGGUCCGCCAGGCCCUGCACCAGCUGGCCUGCAUGGGCGUGCCGGUCAUCUCGGAUGUGGACUCCUCCGGGCGAGUUCCGCCACAGCAGAUGGCAGCCGGGGGCGCCACCGACCCGGCCCCAUGCGAGUGGUGCCUGGCCAAUACGCGGGAGCUCGGGGUGCGCCGGGUGAAUGCCCUCCGUCGGUUGGCCUCCGAACGUCCCAGCAUGCCGGUGACCAGCUUUGAGGACAUCGCUCGAGUGUUGGACCCGGCCCGAGUGGGGGGCUUUACCCGGACGGCGGCGGCCAUCGAGCGAGCGGCCGUGGCGUGCCUCGGCGAGCUGGCCCCCGAGUAA